GCAACCGAACGGGGAGCUCAUCACAGACAGCUAUCUACCUCUAUCUCCUCUGUUCGCUAGGCCUCUUGCUGAUCAGCACACACCUAAGAAAAAUAUACACAGCAGACAGCACCAUCGUUUCUUGCAUACACUGUAGCUGGUUGCUAAGGGAUUUGAGAUCCAUCUGGAAGCGAUGGAGUAGAUAUGGGCUACAAAAAUACCUCUGGAUCGGAGCUUCUUCACUUUGUUAAUCUUCUCCUCUAUAUACAGACUCGUCAUGGCGGGAUUGGAGAUCCAUCUGGAAGCGAUGGAGUAGAUAUGGGCUACAAAAAUACCUGUGGAGCUUCUUCACUUUGUUAAUCUUUUUCUCUAUAUACAGACUCGUCAUGCCGCCAGAAAAUAUCGAGGAAAUAAGGGCGGUGGACAUCAAGACGGCAGUACAACAAAUAGUUCCUUAUCUAGAGGACACAAGCAACGAUGCACCGCAGGUCAUCUACUUCGAUGGAUGGUAUGGAUUGGGUGCUUCCGCGGUGCUUAGAGCUAUAGCAGAGCACCCUCCACCAUCUUUAAGAGAGAAAUUCAACAAGAUCAUCCAUAUUGACUGCUCGAUGUGGAAGAGCCGAAGAGCACUACAAAGGGUGAUCACGGAAGAACUCAAGCUUACUCAACAGGUAGCGGCCAUUGACAUGGAAGACAAGGAGAACGAUUUCAGUGGUGUAGACCAAGGCUCCAGAGAUGAGAUCAGAGACAUAACAGGAGUGAUAGGUCGAUACCUAGUACAAUACAGAUGUUUAGUUAUCUUUCACAAUGGAAGUAGCAGCACGGUUGACUUGACUGACUUUGGCAUUCCAGCACUCAAAUUCUUAGGUACUAAGGUAUUAUGGACCUUCAGAGGACGGCUUCGCCUCAGUACAGAAAUUAGUUAUUGGGUAGAGAACUCACAAAUUAAACUUUAUGCUCGUGAUUACAAUAGCCGUAGUUGGAAUGCACACCUUGCUGAAGAGGCUAGAGAAAUCUCUUUGUACACACAUAAGCUUGGCAUUGGUGUUACACCUAAAAUAGCCACAGAGUGUUGCUUGUACCUAUUGUCAUUGAAUAACCAAGGUAAGAAGAAGAUUGACUACAACUGGGGAACCCAUGCUUCCUGCUACUGGGUUUGUGAUGGGAUCAUAGGAGGAGGACAUCAGGACAACCAGACAUGGGAGGUUGCUCAUGCUCUGCAGCAGCAUAUAAGACUAGAAGACUACUUAUCCAAUGCAGAGCUUAUGCCAUCUGUGAAUAUAUUGGAUCUUUCCUCGAACCAAUGGAUUUCUAUUACUGAAUCAUAUUUCAAAGAGAUUCCUCCAGAGACAACAACCCUGUUCUUUUCAUCCGACAAGUCAAGUCCACAAGUAGUAUCACUACCUAGUGACAAGUUCCAUAAAGCAGAUCAACUCCGGGUGUUGAAGUUAUGUGGAUGUACCUUCAGCUUUUCAUCACCUCCAUUCCAUUGCUGCCGCAACUUAAGAUUCCUUGGACUGGAUAGAUGCACAGAUGAACUGCAACAAGAGGAGGAGGAGAAAACAAGUGAACCAGCGGUGGAAAUUUUCCAGCGGCUAUGGGUGCUAGAUGUAUGCCACACAGAUUGGCCAUUGCCUUUCCCCCCAGAAACAGAAGAGCAAGUUGUGGCUACAGACACUAGGGAGGUUCACAUAACCAACGGAAGGAUUUGGCAUAGCAACUUUGCAUGGAAACGACUACCGAACAUUCACAAGCUUCGAGUAGUUGAGCCCACAAACCCUUGGGAGACGGCAACAAGAGAUGAGUUCAAGGACAUGGUGAAUCUGGAGCUCCUUGACCUAUCUGGGAACAGCACCAUACAAGUGUUGCCGAGGCUUUCUGAUGCAACUGGCCUCAAGACACUGGUUCUAGAUGGUUGUAUUGGGUUGGAGCAUGUUGGCCCUCAAGGACUCCCUCCAUCCCUUGAAUCAUUCUCCUUGAAUACCGCAGGAGCAGGCAAUAAUGAUCACAAGAAGAAUGCUAAAAUAUCCUACAUCAGCUUGGCUGAGUGUGCAAGGUUAGCAAACUUUAUAUUGCGUGGAUCACUGCCAAACCUUGAAGAACUGGACCUCUCGCACACAGCAAUCAAAAUGCUUGACCUUAGAGAGGUGGUUGAAGUGGGAAAUCUUCAGCGAGUCUUUUUUGUGGGAUGCAGGCAGCUCCACUCAAUUUCAUGGCCUGAAAAUGGAAUGUACAAACUAAGGCUGUUGUGCAUUGACACUCGAGCAAGAGGAGGAGAGGUGAACAACAGAAAACCAUGGUCGCGUGAUUGUUCUUUGAUGGUCUACCAGCAGGACGAAGUAAAGGAGUAUUGCCAUGCAUCUGUUGCUGUUGCAGACAUGAGGUUCCUUCAGUCCUUGGAGUUUCUUUGGACAUGGAAAACCAUUCAACGUGAUAAGUGGCAUCUCUGCUUGUCAUCUACUUGCAAUGAUGAUGGAAGAGUCUGGCACAAGGACAAGAUGGACCGUUCUUAUAGCACUGGACAGUUAGCUGUUGCUGCUCCAUCUCUGCCAAAUUCAUUAACCUACCAUGACAUCAGCAUUGAACAGAUAUCUGCAAAGAUCGAUAGUAGCAGCAGCAGCUCAACACAAUUUAUACCACUAGACUUGCACAUGGAGAUUGCCGAAGGAAUUAGUGACGUCACCGACAAGUCCAGCACAUGGGCAAGGGAUGCAAUACGUCAUGUGAUGAACAACGUUCAGUCGUUGCACGUGCACGACAGUUCUUCUAUCACCAGUGUUGCCCCUGAACACACUUUUGAGACAUCUAUGAUGAAUGGGCUCAAGCGGUGCUGCGUGGAGAGAUGCCCCAAGUUGGACACUGUGUUCGCCACUACCUAUUUUUGGACAUGUUUCUCUCAGUUGGAAAUCUUUUGGGCGGCUCAUCUCUUGAUGGCCCGUUUUAUUUGGAGCAGACCAAGAGAUCCAAGCAGUUUGGACCCAAAUGAUUUAUCGUUUACACAACUGCGGGCUAUUCAUCUGCACUUCUGCCCUAGGCUCCGAUAUGUCCUCCCAAUGGCAUCAAACAAUACCCUAUCCAAGGUGCUGGAGACUCUCCACAUACACUGUUGUGGUGAUCUCAGGCAGGUCUUCCUCAUGGAGAAAGAGUUUCUAGAGACAAUAUCAUCAGCCAGGCAUGAAAAAGGCAAGCUGGAAUUCUCAAACCUCAAAAGUCUGUACCUGUAUGAGCUCCAGAAUCUGCAACAAAUAUGUGAGGCCAAGUUGUUUGCUCCCAAGCUCGAGACAAUCUACAUCAGAGGCUGCUGGGGCCUGAGGCGUCUCCCGGCCACUGCUGACCGCCCUGUUGCCGUGGACUGCGAGAAGGAUUGGUGGGACAAGCUGGAGUGGGAUGGCAUGGAGUCUGGCCACCACCCUUCCCUCUUUGAGCCGAGCCAUUCCAAGUACUACAAGAGGCGUCACCUGAGGACCACAGUUCUCCGGUGAGCAAGCCGAAGUGAUCACCUACUUGCUGGACUGGAGGCUUCCUUCUCCUGAUUAAUCUGGUGUUGGAUCAACCAAGUUUGAGGUGAGGUCAACCAUGUUGGUUUGUGUUGCUUGGCAAGUCUUCGGUGUGUGUUUUCUCAAGAGUGAAUAAAUAACUUGGUUUCUGAUGCUACGCUACCUGCCUACUUGCAUCAACCAAGUUUGUUACAUCGGUGUUGAUGUGUGUGUGCUUGAUACUGCAGGUGUGAAUUUGUGUGCACAUGUCUCUCUCGAGAGACCAACUGAUUGAUGUAUCAUUUGCGUUGGUUUGGUUUGCCUGGUUAUCUGUGUGCGUGUGCGUGUGAGCUUGAAAAUUGAAAUAAGAGGCUGGGUCUCAUGCCUCCAGAGAACCCAACUGAUGGUGUUCAAGUGUUGUUUUUCAGUUUCAUUGAAUGUAUUGGACAAAAUGUAUGCUUGUUUGUGAUCCAUGCAGCAGCACGCUAAUGCUGCCAGAAAAUUUAUAUAAAUGGCUUGGUUUGACAAUCUA